AUGUCGAGGGUCGGUGAAAUCGAGCUUGCUACCCGUGUGCCAUCACCUCCUGCAUCUUCUGCAUCGGAACCUUCCCAAACUUCAUCGUCAAGCGAAAGCUCCUUACCUCCGACAGACCGUGGACGCGGGGCGUGGUCUUUUCUUGCAGCCGCAUUUUUUGUCGAAGCUAUUGUGUGGGGCUUUCCCAACGCGUAUGGCGUGUUCCUUGAUUCAUAUCUCAAGGACCCCCGAUUCUCUUCUCAGAGUGGCGCGACUACGCUGCUCCCGCUUGUAGGGACGCUUUCGUCAGGAAUCAUCUAUUGUUCUGGGGUUGUUGUCAAUCCAAUUUCUGCCAGGUAUCCUCAACAUCGUAGGAAGGGCAUGUGGUUAGGCUCUCUUAUGUGUUUCGGAUCGCUGUUUGGCGCAAGUUACGCUAGAACGGUUAUCGAUCUUGUUGUACUCCAAGGAAUUAUGUACGCCGUUGGUGGUGCCAUACUCUAUCUCGCAUGCCUUUCUUUUUUGUCAGAAUGGUUCAACUCAAAACGGGGUUUGGCCAAUGGAAUCCUAUUCGCUGGGACCGCAGCUGGGGGUCUUGUGCUUCCACUCGCACUGCCGCCUCUCAUCGCAAGAUUCGGCACCAGCAAAGCUUUGCGGAUUCUCGCCAUCACCAUCGGAGUGCUCCUCGUCUUACUUUUACCAUUCGUACGCGGCCGUCUCCCGCAAACGCGGACCCGAAUUCGGGGCCCUGCUCCGCGAGGCCUACGUGAUUGGUUCAAACGACGAGAGUUUUGGGUAUUUUUGACUGUAAACACGCUGCAAGCUUUUGCCUACUUUAUCCCGAUUGUAUACCUACCCACAUUCGCCCGCAACCUUGAUCUUAGUCAAUCGAACUCAGCGUUAGCUCUGGCGAUGUUAAAUGGUGCUUCUGUUGUCGGGAGGCUUUCGAUUGGGUAUCUCUCUGAUAAAUUUAACUUUUGGAUGCUCGCUCUCGCAACAUUGCUUACCGCAUCUGCGGCCACUUUUGUCCUGUGGGGCGUUCUGUCGUCCUCCUUUGCCGGAUUGUUGGCAUUUGGUAUUGCCUACGGAAGUGUCGCUGGCGGAUGGACUAGCUUAUGGACUGGCUUUGUCCGCCCACUCGCUCGGGACGAUGUGACGACGUCAACGAGCCUCUACGGGUAUCUUUUGCUAUCGCGUGGCAUUGGCAACAUCGUUUCAACACCCAUAUCGGCACGAUUAUACGGUGGAAGCAACGGCACAUCCCACCACCACUCUCAGUUAACUGGUUUCGAUGUUGGAGACGGACGAUUCAGGAAUAUGAUCCUCUAUGUCGGCACCUGCUUUGCCAGCGCUGCUUUGUUUGUUUGCUGCUGCAGGAUGGGGCAUGGAUAA